GGCAUGAAUUCUGUUUCAUUUUCUCUCUUAUUAUUCAAGUUUCACACACUGAGUUGGACACAUUCCUCAGAUGCAGAGCGUCUGUCCUGGAUGUGAGGAUGGGACACACCUUGCUCUGUGUGCUGGUGUUAUUGAUGAACACGUUCCGCAAGUAUGGAGUCGCUCAAGAAUCAACAGCACAAAAUGUUACCGCCACCCUGAGAGGUGAUAAAAGAACCGUACCAAUGAGAGGAAGUGUGAUGCUGACCUGCUCUGUGGAUACUGAUGACUCCUCCCGCUGGAGAUAUCGGUGGUUCAGACGAACUACAGGACCUGUGGUAGAAAUAUUCAUGAGAAACAGAAAUAUCAGCGUCACAGAAGGAGGCAUCUACUGGUGCAGAGGAGAGAAAAGUGACCUGAAGAUCCUCACAGAGAAUAGCAAUAUGCUGACUAUUCACAAAAUUGUUUCCAGCAGGGCUGUUGUGACUCUGAAGCCAAACUGCACCCAGAUAUUCAGUGGUGAGACGAUCACUCUCAGCUGUGAGAUCCAGGGAGGUGGAGGUACUAAGUGGACGUAUGAAUGGAUGAAAUCUGCCUCAAACACAUCAGUGAGCCAUAAUGAAUAUAAGAUUAGGAAGGCUCUUAAGUCUGACAGCGGGAACUACUGGUGUAAGGGUAGACACAGUGGAAACUUGUAUUCUUCAACUGAAUGGAGUGAUGCUAUCACGUUGACAGUAUCUCAAAAGAAACCAAAGGCCAACAUAAAUGCCUGAGAGACGAGUCAUUCCAAUAGGUGGCAGUGUGACCCUGACCUGCACUGAGAGACUAUCACCUGCCUUGGAAAUACUACUGGUACAGAGGAGACAAGAGAAACCCUGAACGCAAACAACUGAACGCACCAAAUGCUGUUUUACAAGCAAAGGGACAAAUCAGAGUUUCACAGGAAGGACUCUACUGGUGCAG